GACGUUCCAAACCGUUAAGACUCCUCCUUUCUCUCUUCACCACCAACACCAACAAAAUCAAAAGUUUGUUAGAUUUGUACAUGCUGAUAAAGGUGGUAUUUGAUAAUUUGGUAUUGUUGGGAAUAAGCAUAACCAUAUCCCUAUGUGCUGUAUGCUCGUCUGUCUACAUUAGCUAUGUAAGCACAGUUUUGUCAGUUCAAAUGGUUUGCAAAUCCCAUGCUUAAAGAACCCUGUUAUAAGGGGUUCAUUAUUUGUGAGAGGAAAUGGCUGAUAGCCGCCAGCAACCAUCUGUCAUGCAAAAGAUGGCAAGCCAGGUCCAUCACAGUUCUAGCUUUUCCCAAGGCUUUCAGAGACCUGCUUUACACCAAAGGCAGUUUGCAUAUGGAAAUUAUUCCAAUGCAGGAUUCCAGUAUGCGAUGACAAGGGCAUGCCAAUCCACCCCUGAUAUGUCAUUGAUUGCAUCAUCUACCUCACCAGUAUUUGUCCAAGCCCCAUCAGAGAAAGGCUUGGCUGGCUUUGCUAUUGAUUUUCUUAUGGGUGGAGUUUCUGCAGCUGUGUCCAAAACUGCUGCAGCUCCCAUUGAGCGUGUGAAGCUCUUGAUCCAAAACCAGGAUGAGAUGAUCAAGACUGGUCGACUCUCUGAACCAUAUAAGGGAAUUGGAGAUUGUUUCAGCAGAACAAUGAAAGAUGAGGGGAUGGUGUCAUUGUGGAGAGGAAACACUGUCAAUGUUAUCCGUUACUUCCCCACUCAGGCCCUGAACUUUGCAUUCAAAGAUUACUUUAAGAGGCUUUUCAACUUCAAGAAGGACCGUGAUGGCUAUUGGAAGUGGUUUGCUGGUAACUUGGCAUCUGGUAGUGCUGCUGGUGCCUCAUCACUACUCUUUGUCUAUUCUUUGGAUUAUGCCCGAACCCGUCUUACCAAUGAUUCCAAGGCUGCAAAGAAGGGAGGAGAGAGGCAAUUCAAUGGCUUGGUUGAUGUCUACAAGAAGACUAUGCAAUCAGAUGGUAUUGCUGGGCUUUACCGUGGAUUUAACAUUUCAUGUGUUGGUAUUAUUGUGUACCGUGGUCUGUAUUUUGGAAUGUAUGAUUCUUUGAAGCCGGUUGUCCUAACUGGAAAGAUGCAGGAUAGCUUCUUUGCUAGCUUUGCUCUUGGUUGGGUCAUCACCAACGGUGCUGGACUUGCAUCCUAUCCAAUUGACACUAUCCGCAGAAGAAUGAUGAUGACAUCUGGUGAAGCUGUUAAGUACAAGAGCUCCUUUGAUGCAUUCUCUCAGAUCCUCAAGAACGAGGGUGCUAAAUCCCUUUUCAAGGGUGCUGGUGCAAACAUCCUCCGUGCUGUUGCUGGUGCUGGUGUGCUUGCCGGAUAUGACAAGCUUCAGAUGAUUGUGUUUGGGAAGAAGUUUGGUUCUGGUGGGGCCUAAUUAAGUCUCGUUCUCAGUCACCCCAUACAAUCAUAGAUGGUGAUGAAAUUUUUGGAGUUCCAUUCCAUAAUUUAUCCUGGAUAAUACUUUAGGCUCAUUUAAUGACUUUUUUCUCUCAAGGGGUUUUCCCGGUUUCAGGAUUUCCAUUCCUGCAACCCUGUCUUUUCUGAAUGGUUGCAAUUGCAAAACAUUGAUUUUGAUCCCAUCAAAUUAUAGAUGAUCAUUCUAGUUUUGUCA